UGAAUAUAUAAUUUAAAGUAUGAUUAUUUUAAUAAUAAUAAGAAAUUUCACCGUUGAAAAUGAUUGACUUUCCUUGUUGCUAAAACUAAAUGGUAUUCGUUCCAUUUAAACACUCGCAUGAAUAAAUUGAAAAGUUGACCAGGACAGCUAAAAUAAAAAAAAAAUGAGUCACGACGUUUUAAAAACCAUUUCCAUUAAAGACGAAGGAGGCCCAAACAUUGAUUUUUCAUUAACGGAUAAUGAUAUAGUGAAAUCGGAGGACAAAAUUUCUAAUAUAAAUGAUAGGGUCCAUUUGGAUGCUGACGGUACAAAAGAAACAGUUGAGGAUCGUACUGAAAAACACAAAUGCGACAAUUGCUCUAAGUCAUUUAAAGUAUUUGGUAUGCUUAAAAAACAUUUAGCUGUGUGCUAUUUGAAUAGUAGUUAUCACUCUCGAAAAGCAGAAAUGAUAAAAAACAUACAGAAAAUCGAAGAGGAUGCGGUUAAACUGGAGCAGGAGAAUAUAUGCUUUUGUUGCGGUGAAAGUUAUGAUACAUUUCAUCGUGGAAAAAUAAAUUGCUUUGAUUGCCCAAAAUCCUUUAAAACUCAACUGAGUUACGAACGACAUAUUUUCAUAAUUCAUUCGGAAUUCGAUGAAUUUCCUUGUUCUAUUUGUAAUGCAAAAUUACGGACAGCUACCCUAUUGAAGUUACACGAAAAGCAACACGCAAGUCUUGGAAGAUUGUGGGCUUGCAAAAUAUGCGGCAGAGACUUCACGCGCAGUUUCCAUUUAAAACGUCAUCAAAAGUACACAUCGUGUGCAGGAAGCUUAAAAAAAACCAUCACUUGUAAAGUGUGUAAUAAAGUGUUCUCUGGUGUAGAUAGUUUGCGAAAACACUUAAAACGGCAUUUUGCCACACAACUGGCAAAAAUUAAAGAAUUUAUGUGCCCUAUUUGUAAAAAUAGUUUUCCCAGUUUGUCGAUUUUAAAAAAGCAUAAACGUAGACAUAAAGAAAAACGUUUUAUUUGUGACUUUUGUGGCAAGAAAUUUCUGUCAGGGUGUCAAUUGAAAGACCAUCGCCAUUCUCACACUGGCGAAACCCCUUAUAUAUGCACUGAAUGCAAUCAAAGUUUUACUACCAAAUAUGCACUCAAUAAUCACAUGAAGCGGCACACUGGAGAAAAACCCUACACAUGCACUGAAUGUAAUAAAAGUUUUGCGGUUAAGCUGAAUCUUAAUAGACAUAUAAAGCGGCAUACUGGAAAAAACCUCUAUUCGUGCACUGAAUGUAAUAAAAAUUAUUCCGUUAAAGGCGAACUUAAAAUUCAUAUGAGGAGACAUACAGGUGAAAAGCCAUUUACGUGCACUGAAUGCGAACAAGGUUUUACUCGUAAAGGAGCACUCAAUGUUCAUAUGAAGCGACAUAGUGGGGAAAAGCCACACGUUUGUUCCGAAUGUGGAAAACGUUUUAUGCUAGCAUAUCAGCUACGUUCCCACAGUAAAAUGCAUGUACGUCCUUUUGCUUGCGCUCAGUGUGAAGAGACAUUUACAACUAAUAAGAAGCUUGAGCAACAUAUCAGAAUUCAUUUGUCUGAAAGCAAGUUGGCGAAUGAGGCUCGAGAACAAAGAUUCAAAUGCACAGAAUGCAAAGCAAUUUAUGCAACAGAAGAAGAACUUAAAACACAUUGUGAUACAGAAGUUCAUAUACAUAAAUACACCAAAAACAGCUCCAAAAAUGUGAAAGAAAAACAAAGAAACUGUACGCUUUGUAACAAAGAAUUUAAUACAGUGAAAGCUUUGAACUCUCACCUACUUAAAAUACAUAGAGAGCAUCCACAGAAUUUCCUCAGUGCUAAAUGUACCCAAAACUUAAAACCAAAUAAUGUCGCCACGUCAUCAGAAAAAAAUUACAGAGGUGAUAAUUCCAACGAAAACCCUAUUGAAAAUGUUACUCCAACUGAUAACAAUGUCUUACUAUCACUAAAAUAUGAAGAACUUUCGUCAAUAGGAAAUGGAGUUAUUAAACAAGAAUGUAUAGUAGAUGAAAGAACUGAAACAACUACAGAAAAAUUAUUAUUCAAUAACGAAAAGAAAAGUGAAAGGAUACAGCCGACACAUAUGAGUAAUAAUGAACAAAUAUCCAUCAAUAAUGAAGUUAUUAUACAACAAUUUAUAAAACAAGAAGUACCCGAUGCACCUGCAGAGAAUUUACUAUUAGAAAGCGAAAUGUACAAUAAUAUGACAAUAGAAAAUGAAACUAUAAAAACUGAAACAGGAUCUGCUGUUACUGAAACUCCAAACGGUACAAUUAUAAACGAUCGAAUACCUCUCGAAUAUGGCGGAGUUUCACAAAAAGUAAUAGAAGAUGAAGAAACUGAAACAGUUACUGAGCAAUUAAUUAUGGAAAACGAAUCAACUGUGUUCAAUGUUCAUAAAAGUAAAAACACAAAUGAGCCAUAUAUCAAUUGCGACUCUUUUAAAAAGAAAUUGCUGAAAUUGGGUGUACAGAAUGACCUUAAUCGUUCUUACAACAGUGAAAACCCAUACUCCUGUGCUAAAUGUAAUAAAAGUUUCUCUCUCAAAAGGUCACUGAAUUAUCAUAUAAGGUAUCAUUGUGGUAAAAAACUUAAUACGUGCACUGAAUGUAACAAAAUUUUUGCUUCUAAGAAAGGACUCAAUAUUCAUAUGAGACAACAUACUGGCGAAAGACCUUACAAAUGCACUGAGUGUAAUAAAGGUUUUACUGUUAAGAGCUCACUUAUUCUUCAUAUGAACCAGCAUACUGGUGAAAAACCAUGCAUAUGUACUGAAUGUAAUCAACAUUUUUCUACAAUGAGCUCACUCAGAAUUCAUAUGAGGCGACAUACUGGUGAAAAACCCUACAAAUGCACUGAAUGUAAUCAACAUUUUUCUACAAUGAGCUCACUCAGGAUUCAUAUGAGGCGACAUACUGGUGAAAAACCCUACAAAUGCACUGAAUGUAAUCAAAGUUUUUCUAUUAUGAGUACACUCAGGAUUCAUAUGAGGCGACAUACUGGUGAAAAACCCUACAAAUGCACUGAAUGUAAUCGACAUUUUUCUAUAAUGAGCUCACUCAAAAGUCAUAUGAGGCGACAUACUGGUGAAAAGCCCUAUUCAUGCACUGAAUGUAAUCAAAGUUUUCCAAUUAAGAGUUCACUCAAUGUUCAUAUGAUGCGACAUAAAGGCCAAGAACCAUUCCCAUGCACUCAAUGUAACAAAAGUUUUGCUGUUAAGCAAGGACUCAAGCUUCAUAUGAGACAUCAUACUGGCGAAAAACCCUACAAAUGCACUCAAUGUUAUAAAAGUUUUUCUAUGAAGUGUUCACUCAAUAUUCAUAUGAGGCAUCAUACUGGCGAAAAGCCCUACUCGUGCACUCAAUGUAAUCAAAGUUUUUCUACAAUGAGCUCACUCAAAUGUCAUAUGAGGCGACAUACCGGUGAAAAGCCCUACUCGUGCACUGAAUGUAAUAUAAGUUUCUCUUACACGACCACAUUCUAUCGUCAUAUGAAGCAACACACUGGUCAAAAACUCUACCCAUGCACUGAAUGUAAUAAAGCUUAUUCUAAGGACAAACUUAAGAUUCAUAUAAUGCAGCAUAGAGGUGAAAAACCAUUCACAUGCACUGAAUGUAAUAAAAGUUUCGCUUUCAUGAGCUUACUCGAUAAUCAUAUGAAGUGUCAUAGUAAACACAAGCCCUACUCAUGCACUGAAUGUAAUAAAAGUUUUACUGCUAAGCAAGGACUCAAGGUUCAUAUGCAGCGACAUACAGGUGAAAAGCCAUUUUCAUGCACUGAGUGUAAUAAAAGUUUUGCGUCUAAGCAAGGACUCGAUAUUCAUAUGAUGAAACAUACAGGUGAAAAGCUAUUUUCAUGCACUGAAUGUAAUAAAAGUUUUGCGUCUAAUCAGAGACUAAAGAUUCAUAUGCAGCGACAUACAGGUGAAAAGCCAUUUUCAUGCACUGAAUGUAAUAAAAGUUUUGCGUCUAAGCAGAGACUAAAGAUUCAUAUGCAGCGACAUGCAGACCAGAAGCCACACGUUUGCAAUGAAUGUGGGAAGUGUUUUCUACAGGAAAUUGAGCUACGUUAUCACAGAAAAACUCAUUUACACCCAUUUGCCUGUGAUCAGUGUGAAGAAAAAUUUAAAACCAAUAAGAAACUUGAACAACAUAUUAAAACUCAUUCAUCUGAAAACAAACAGAAAAAUGAACCCCAGGGACAUAAAUUCAAGUGCCAAGAUUGCGAAGCGAUAUAUUCGACAGAGGAUGAGUUGAAAAUUCAUCAUAACACGGGAAUUCAUUUAGAUUUGGAAAAACGUCGUAGAGACGAAGCGAGUUAUGACAAGAAAUUUAAGCCAUGUUCCGAUAAAAAUUCAAUGGAAAAUAGUACAAGACAUAAAAGAAAAAUUAAAUUACCCGUAAAAUAUCGUGAAGAAAAUUCUUCUAUUGUUCAAGAAUUUAUAAAGGAUGAAGUAUGUGAAAUAAGCACAGAGCAAAUAAUUUUAGAAAACGAAGAAUACAAUUCUAUGACACUAGAAAAUCAGAGUAUAAAAACCGAGCCGGACACCACUGUUCCCGAUACUCCAGCUAGUGCAUUCAAAAGUGGCGUUGCAGAAUUAGAAUAUAUAAAAUCAGAAAUUAAUGAAGCAAAUACAUAGAACUUAUUAUUAGAAAAUGGAAAAAACACCAAAAACUUUUUUCGAGUAUUUAAGAAAUGUCUUUGCAGAUAAUCGAUCAGUCGGCGGUGACAUUGCUGUAUAAAAAAACUAAAAGAAAGGAAUGAUAUAUCAACAAAGCUGAAAAGUAUGGAAACAUGGUUUUACCAUCAUAAACGAUUUUUCUAAUAAUAAAAAGUAUGAAGAUUACAAAUUAUUUUUAAAUAAAAAGUAAUAUCCGAAAAUUUACUUUGGA